CCUAUAAAUACAUCGGUUUCACCUUAGUUACCAAUGCAUAAUUUGUAAUAAAAUGUUUUUUACAGAUAUUUUUCUGUUCUUAACUAUUCUGAAUGUGAUAUUUUUGCCUCAGAUAUUGGCAGAUGAAGUCUGGGGAUGCAAUGGUUUUGUUAAAAGCAAUGUGGGUCCUAUCGAUUUUGGAAAGGUUGAGGUUAAAAUGUUUACUAAACAAGGAAGUUUAAAGUAUGAAACAGAGUGUGCUCCCAAUAACGGGUACUACUUCUUACCACUUCAUGACAAAGGGGAAUAUGUCCUUAAGGUUUCUUCCCCCAUGGGUUGGAAUUUUGAACCUUCAGAAGUUGCAGUCAGUGUCGACGGAACCAGUGAUUCUUGCAGUCUCGGUGUCGAUAUCAACUUUGUGCUUCAGGGCUUUGCUGUUACCGGACAGGUGACAAGUUUUGGUGAGCCCGUUGGCCCAGCUGGGGUUAAAGUGAGUUUAUUGUCUGCGUCUCCGUCUGCAGAAGAGUUGUUAUCCACCAUGACUGGGGAAGACGGAAACUUCCUCUUAACUCCUGUCAAGCCAGGACAGUAUUUUGUGGAGGCUUCACAUGAGAGAUGGCACCUGAGCAAGAAGCGGUCGCAGGUGACUGUGAAGGGUGGCAACACUGUGGUGCCGGCCGGCAGUCUGCAGGUAUCCGGUUACGAUGUGUCCGGCUCGGUAACCAGCGACAGUGAACCGAUCAGAGGCGUCAGCUUUGUACUGUUCCAGCCAGCAAGUGCCAAGCGUGUAAACGUGAUUGGUUGUGACUCAACAACUUUGACUGGCUUUUCUCCUUCAGGUGUGGAGUUGAAGGACUGGGUGCCCAUUUGUCACGUGUCGUCAGACACCAAAGGACAUUUUGUGUUCCCCUCUCUGUCUCCCGGCCAGUACUCCGUUGUUCCUCACUACCAGGGCACCACUCAGAACAACAUCAAGUUUGACGUUCACCCUCAACAGCUAACUUUCCAAGUGAAACACAGCAGUCUUCAACUUACCACUGUCUUCCAGGUUAAGGGGUUCAGUGUAGAUGGGAAAGUGUCGUGGAGUCCCAAUGGACGUCCUUUAGAAGGUGCUUCUGUGCUGAUUGAUUCCAAGGUUGUAACUAAAACAGGAAAAGAUGGAGUCUUCCGUCUGGAUAGUAUGACUCCUGGCAUCUACAAACUUCAUGUUCAGGCUCCGGAUGUACAGUUUGAACAGCAACACGUGAAGGUGACACCCAACACGCCGCACCUAGGGGAGCUGGUGCCAUCUGCGUACCGAGUGUGUGGUCAAGUGUCCGUUAGUCAGCCAGGCUCUUCAUCAGCUGCGCGGGUGGUACACCUGGAGACGGAGGGAGAGCAGGUUGGCUACACUGCCACCACAGACAAUGCAGGACUCUACUGCACGUUCCUACCUGUCGCUACCUACUCUGUCACACUGCCUGUCACUGACGACGAACGGACCAAGGGACUGCAGUUCGCCCCUCUCAAGAGGACUGUGAGGGUAGUGGAUGGUCCAGUGACAGGGGUAGACUUCUCGCAACUACAAGCUACAGUGAGAGGUGCUAUCAAAUGUCUCACUUCCCCUUGCCCUGACAUCACUGUUACACUACAGUCUGGGCCAGACUCCACCACUGCUGUGGCCAAAGGAGGUGUGUACGUGUUUGACAAUGUGUUGCCCGGAGAAUACACAGUCUCUGUGCCGUCACAAGACUGGUGCUGGGAGAGAGAGGAGAUCUCACUGUCUGUGUCUACGGAGAAAGUCAUUGGACCUACGUUUGUACAGACUGGACUGCCUAUACACUUUGUCUCAUCUCACUUCACAAAGGUACAUUACAAGCUGGAGGGGGAUGUGAACGGGACAUCACAGGUGAUGGAAGUUCCUGCGGGUGAGAGUCGGGUGUGUGUCCCAAGCACGGGUGUGUGGGUGCUGGAGCCAGUCGGGUGUCACGGGUAUGCGGGUACAGUUAUCCGUUGGACGGGUGGUACUAUAUCACUCACUGCACUCACACAUCUAUACACAGGACGGGUCACAUCAUUGGAGACUGUUAGUGACCUUAUAGUCAACGUCAUUCCCUCUGAAGACAACGCAAGCCCUUCUAGUGUUCGCAAGCUAGGCCCUAUCACUGCUACGCCUCAGUCUGGUGCCCCUGGGGUAGACUAUGUGUUCAGUCUUCCUCUAGCCCCUGGGGAGUCUGUCACUCUCGUACCCUCCGCCAGCUCUCUGCUGUUCACCCCUUUGAGUGCAGUAGUGGUGGGAGCCAACGACUGUGUACAGGGUGUCGUCUUCAAGGCUGAAAGAGGCCAGGUAGUGGAGGGGAGAGUGCUGGGAGGAGGACAGCCUGUGAUUGGAGCCUCAGUAACAAUCUACAACACAGCUGGUGAGCUGGUCGGCACACAGAUCACUGAUAACGAGGGACGUUAUAUCUUCGGACCUCUCAGUGCAAACACCAAGUACAAUGUGACUGCGGAGAAGGAGGGAUAUGUGAUGAGUGGACCCAACAACAAGGGAGAGUUCAGUGCUCACAAGCUGGCCGAGAUCAUUGUCACAGUCAGGGACAAAGCUGAUGGGAGUCCUCUUCAGGGUGUGCUGCUCUCUCUCUCCGGAGGUGAGAACUAUCGCCGCAACAGUCAGACCAGUGAGGACGGGACAAUGGCGUUCCUCUCCCUCUCCCCUGGCGAGUACUUCCUCCGACCCAUGAUGAAGGAGUACAAGUUUGAUCCUCCGUCGAAGAUGACAGCCAUCAAAGAGGGAGUGACAGUCGAGGUUACGCUCAGUGGUGAGAGAGUGGCGUACAGUGCGCUGGGCACUGUGACAUCUCUCAGUGGUGACCCAGAGCCUGGCGUGGUGGUGGAGGCUGUAGGGCAAGGGUCACAACAGUGCAGCCAACUGCAAGAGGAGAGCUCCACUGAGACCAGCGGACAGUUCAGGAUAAGAGGGCUCAACCCUCAGUGUGAGUACUCGGUAAGGGUAAAGCAAGGACCACAAGUGAACCAACACAUACAGCGAGCCACUCCGGACGGCAUCCUGGUGAAGGUAUCAAAGGAAGAUGUCCAUGGUCUGAACAUGAUAGUGUUCCGCCCAAUAUCUCGUACAGACGUGUCGGUGUAUGUGACCACAGAGAGUGCUGAACAUUUACGCAGCCUCAAGGUCAAGAUGUUUAGAGACGACACGACGGUUCACACCAUCAGACUGUCUUCGCUCAAACCUACAGCUUCGUUUGCGUUAACCUCUACAGCUCUGGUGUUCCCACCAGUACCUGCUGAUGGUCGCACAUACUCGAUACAACUUGAGUCGACACUUUCACCAAAGACACACAACUACAAGACUCAUCCCGUCUACUUCAAGGCCAACUCAUCAUUCCAGCUGGUGCGGCUCAACUUUGCGACUAGUCCUCGCGCCAGUGACAGCGAACUCUCACACACCUCAUACUUCGCUCUGCCUCUCGUGUUGGUAGUCCUGCUGAUCAUCUACCAUCGAGACACUGCCAAAACUCUAGUCACUAAAGUCAUGGAGAGCAGACUGACCACUGUGGACAACCAGACAGACGAUUCCUCCACAGAAACGCUCAUCAGCGACGUCUCCAUCAAGCGAAAACUCAAAGCGAGAAAGACAUAGGUUAAGUAGGUGUUUGCCAAAGUAGUUAUAGGAUUGUGGUUGUGUUUGAAUACAUUUUCUACAUGAGUC